CAUUUACAUAUCUUAUCUCACUAUCAUAAACAAACCCCAACUGCAGAUCUUCCCCUUCUGAAGGGAGUUAAGUUAGUUAUCGAGUACCUGAGUGACGCAACUACUAGCCUCUCCCAAACUCACCGCCUGAUCCCAAUCCAUCCUUCUUCCUCUUACUUUUGUAGCUCUCGUUCUAAUCCUUUCUUCUUCUUCUCUAGCCGGCAGUCCUCACUUUCUCUUCUCCAUCAUGUCUUGCUUCGGCUCCCUCUCGGCUUUCCUUGCCUGACCGGCAUGGCAGCGCAUCCGCUCCAGGGAGAAUGGCCCUGAAGCAUCGCGAUUAUGUCCUCCUGGGCAUUGGUGCCUUUAUAGCCUGGGGUCUCGCCGUCAAAUGGCUCCCCAUACUGAGAUAUCUGGGUUAUGCUCUGGUGCUCGGUGCUUUUCUUUCCUCCACCGUGUUGUUCGCUCUCGUGCUUCUCACCAUCCGCUCCCCGAAUGACGCCGUUGCUUCACCUUCGCCCACGAGUCCCCGCGUCGCAUUCCUCGCCCGCCACCACUGGGAUCAAGAAACCCAAGCAUUCAAAAGCCGUUCAACCUAUAAUCCACAAUCUCUAUACCCACAGUCCUUCAUCGUCUCUGAAGGCAUUGACGAGCUCCUAUCCUUCGCCACGCGGGACUUCAUCGCAUCAUGGUACCAGCAUAUCAGCCCCAACCCCACAUUCGUGAACGAGGUGAAUCAUACUAUUCGGACAGCCAUUGGAAACCUGCGCGAUAGGCUCCUAACGGAAGACCUCGUCUCUCUUGUAGUGUCCCGGAUUUUCCCCGUUCUGACAUCCCAUCUGAAGGAGUUUGAGGUUGCUGAGCGCUUGGUCCGGGGAAGGAAUCUUACCAGGAAUGUCACGGAGUCGGAAGAGUUGGACAUUGCCAUCGCGAGCAAGUAUCGCGAGGGGAACUUACACCCGGCGGCGAUGCUGUCUCUCUCCGACCAAAAGCUACUGGAACAGGAGUACCUCCGCAAAAUUGCCGUCGGGCUCUUGCCCCAACUGUUCCCGGAAUCCGUCCUCAAUAGUCGCAUUGUUUCCGUUUUGAUUCGUGAGAUUGUAGCCUGCGCCGUGCUCUUCCCUCUCGUUUCCGUCCUCUCCGACCCGGACUCAUGGAAUCAGUUGAUGGAGGCCUAUGGUCGCACCGCGAUUCAGGACCGUAAGACUGUCCGGAAACUCAGGGCGGCCCUGGACGAGCAUGCAUCUCCAGCUCCCCGGUCGAAAAGGGGGCACCCUUUUCCUCGACUGAGUCCUCACGAUUCAGAGCGUGCUUUCGAGCGAUUUGUCCGGGCCAUCCGGCGCUGUAACAAUCUUUCGGACGCCAGACGCUUCAGAGCCUUGGUGGCAAGCCAACUGAAGCGGGAGACUAUGGUGGAAGGACAGGACCAGGUCUACCUCCGACGACUGGAGACCGGUAAGAGGGUCUUGGACCAAAAAGUAGCUAAGCUUUCUGCCCCCGGAGGCACUCAGAUGUCGCACGCCUCCGCGGCCGUAUCUCACUUUCGCCGUAAGAAUUCUAUUCCUCAGGAAGCCUCCUUAGUGGAUGUCAUGCAUGAUGCGUCGGGUCUCUCUUACUUCAUGGAGUUUAUGGACCGUCAGCAGCUCAUGUCUCUAGUUCAAUUCUGGAUCGUGGUCGACGGUUUUCGCAACCCUCUAGAGGAUGAUUUCGGAGAAGAAAGCUCCCCGACCUCCACCAGCUGGACCCCAGCGGACCGAAGCGACAUGGCUCUGAUCAGUGAGACGUAUCUCUCGAAACCGGAAUUGAGAGUCACGGAUGAGUCCCGUCGGGUGGUGAAGGCUUUCCUGAGCGCAGGGAAGCGGGCCACCUCGGAGCAGUAUCGAAAAGCUCGGACGGUCAUUUUGAGCACUCAAUCUGCGGUGCUUGAUAAGCUUCAGGAAAUUUACUACCCGAAGUUCAAGCAGUCAGAUCUCUACUACAAAUACCUUGCAUCGGAUGAAGCAUCCCAAGCAGGCCCGCAGUCCCCUCAACAGAGCUCCCCGAACAUUGCUGAAGUGCCCGAAAGGCGGCCUUUACCUCCUCUGAUGUCUCGCACCUCAUCACAGCCUGGCGCCAGGCCCAAAGAUUUGCGACGAGCGGCGGUUUCUUCGAGCGAUGUUCGUAGCAUGGGUAAACUAUUUGAUGACGAUGAGUCUUCCAGGCGCUCAUUCGAUUCCGAGCGAUCUGCACCGCUGUUUGACGACGACUACGAUACAGAUCCCCUGGCAAUGUCGACACAAAGUCUAGGGAAAGACUCACAAAAUGGCGAAACCGAGGCGAAUCAAAACCAAGUUAUCGAGAACAUGGAGGCAGCCUUGAACGACAUCAUUGCGAGCGAGCCCAAAAACACUCGAAUUGAAGAUGUGAAGAACGCUGAUGUGUCCCCGUCUGCAUUGCCCGCUAGCGACCCUUUCCCCAGAUCGCCGCGCAGCUCAAUAGAUAUCCCUCGGGCAGAUAGUCGGACAGAGGACCGUAUCAAGCCGAGCAUUGCCUCAUUGGGCCUCGUGGAUCGAUCCUCACGCCAGGGGGUCUUCGAUGAUGAUCUCUUCCCUGAACAGCAGAAGUAUAUUGAAGACGAAUAUGAAGAGCCGAUGGGAACAGAUACAGACCCGGCCGAUCAAGUCCAUGAGGCGGCUCCUGGGGAUCUCGGAUUGACGGAGGCCAUUGAGGCGCUCACCGCAGAUAUCGAUAAGCUCGGAUCUCAAGAGUCAGUGGUAGACACGCUUACUCGCAAAGCUGAACUCACCAACAACACCGCGGAGCUGAGGAUUCUGCGCAAAUCCAAAGCGAGCAUCCAACGCGAGAUUCACCGCAAAGAGAUGCAACGACAGCAGUAUAUCAUCCAAGAAAGUGACAACAGUCUGUAUGGCCGAUCGACCGUCCGUAUAAAAUCCAUUGUAGUUGGAAAGGAGGAAGAUGGUCGAGAAUUCGCUAUGUAUGUGGUCGAGGUGCAACGUAACGCCGGUGAGCAAAUGCCCGCCGCCUCCUGGGCCGUAGCCCGCAGGUACAGCGAAUUCCAUGAACUUCAUCAGAAGCUACGCAUGAGAUACCCGUCCGUCCGUCACCUGGAGUUCCCACGUCGACGUGUCGUUCUCAAGCUCCAGAAAGAAUUCCUCCAGAAGCGACGCCUAGCUCUAGAAGCAUAUCUACAGAAACUCCUCUUACUCCCUGAAGUAUGCCGGAGUCGGGACCUACGAGCCUUCCUCUCCCAACGAGCCAUCAUCCCCCGCAACGAGAACCAAAGCUCCACCACCAACGGAGAGACCAAAGACCUAGUCACUCGGAUUUACAACUCCGUCGCCGAUGGCAUGGAUGACUUCCUAGGCAACUUCGGCGUAUUAGAUCAACUAUCCACAGCCGGACAAAGUCUCAUCUCUGCCGCUACAAACCAACAAUCCACCACUUCCACCACAGUAUCUCCCGGUGACACUGGCCUUGCCACCGAGGACGCCGUCACCGCCGCCGAAGCGGAAGCCGAACUAAACGCCUUCGAAGACCGCGAACUCGAGCCCUUCAUCAAACCCAUCUGCGAUCUGUUCCUGGAAGCUUUCGAGCUGAACAAGGGAAAUAACUGGCUGCGCGGUCGUGCCGUGGUCGUCGUCCUCCAUCAAUUGCUAGGAGGUACGAUCGAGCGCAAAGUUCGCGAAGGAGCACGCUCCCUUGUCCAGGAUGACUCGCUUCUGCGUUACAUCACCCUCAUCAAGGAUACCAUGUGGCCGGGCGGUGUGCUUCGCCAAAGCCGCGUCCGCACUGCGUCGGAGCGGCUGAAGAGUCGCACUGAAGCAAGUCUGGUCCUGGCCACGCUGAUCCCCGAUCUAGCGGGCAAUGUGGUCGGACGAGCGAAUGCGCAGGCCGCUGCGCGCAGGAUCUUUGCGACUUUGAAUAAUCGACGGUUGAAUGCGCACCUCUUCUUUACUAUCCUCGACGAGGUCGUUUUAGUUUUGUUUGGUGCGGGGGGACGCGGGACGAAUACGUUGAUGACUUCAUGCUAA